AAAACGCGAAGAUUCCGUGCCCAGCCCCGGCCGUCUCGGCGUUCACAAGGCGGCCGUCCCUUAAACCGCCACACAGCCCAGCCGACCGCGCCGCCAGCAAACGCAUUAUUCGCAAUCACUUUCGACCGAAUUCCCCGCCCCUCGCUACUUUGCCGUGAAGCUUUGCUCAGCUGAUCGCUGCUGCUCGAUACCGAUUGUUUGGUGCGUGGACAGUUAACGCGUGCUCCGGUCAAGAUGUCUGAGGAAGUAGAGACCGUCAAGCGGACCAUCAAGAAGACCAAGAAGAAGACCAGGAUCAUGGUGGACGUAGACACCGAUGAGAACCAGUACAACCAGGCGCCCAACGAUGAGCUCGUGUUCUCCGGCGAGUACACCAAGGCCAUGAACAAGGACUGGCACUCGAGCCACUUCUGCUGCUGGCAGUGUGACGACUCGCUCACUGGACAGCGGUACGUGCUCCGUGACGAGCACCCGUACUGCGUCCGCUGCUACGAGCAGGUGUUCGCUAACUCAUGCGAGGAGUGCUCCAAGGCCAUCGGCAUCGACUCCAAGGACCUGUCCUACAAGGAGAAGCACUGGCAUGAGGCUUGCUUCCUGUGCAGCAAGUGCCGAGUUUCGCUGGUGGACAAGCCGUUCGGCUCCAAGGCCGAGAAAGUCUACUGCGCCGCCUGCUAUGACGCCGCCUUCGCUACCCGCUGCGAUGGCUGCGGCGAGAUCUUCCGCGCCGGCACCAAGAAGAUGGAGUACAAGGGUCACCAGUGGCACGAGAAGUGCUUCUGCUGCUGCGUGUGCAGCAACCCGAUUGGCACCCGCAGCUUCAUCCCGCGGGACAAUGACAUAUACUGCACCGGUUGCUACGAGGACAAGUUUGCCACCAGGUGCAUCAAGUGCAACCAGAUCAUCACUAGCGGUGGUGUGACGUACCGCAACGAGCCGUGGCAUCGGGAGUGCUUCACUUGCACCAACUGCAGUGCCUCGUUAGCCGGCCAGCGAUUCACAUCACGUGACGAAAAACCGUACUGCGCUGAAUGCUUCGGCGAGCUGUUCGCCAAGAGAUGCACCGCCUGCUCCAAGCCUAUCACUGGAAUCGGCGGAACGCGCUUCAUCUCUUUCGAGGACCGCAACUGGCACAACGACUGCUUCAUCUGCGCCAUGUGCACCAACUCCUUGGUUGGCAAGGGCUUCAUCACCGACGGACCCGACAUCCUGUGUCCCGAAUGCGCUAGGCAGAAGCUGAUGUAACUUUGGCAGUGAGACGUGAAAUCCUAACGAAACAAAGUAACACAAAGAACACGAAGCCUUUCAUGCACUCGCUACAAUCCCAAUGCAGCAAAGUUCGUCGCAAUCAUACGAAAAGGAAAAAAAAAACGCAAGUAGCUCCUCUCAGACAGAAACGUGAAAGCACAAAACAGCAAAUAAAGUGUAUUAUAUUGCACCCCCGCUGAUUUUAUUAUAGAUUCAUUUCUAAAUGAGGAGUGAUUUAACACCUGCCUAUACCUAAGAGCACAGGUUUGAGCAGAUAUUUCUGAUAAUAUUCUUUUACGUUGGCUUUUAUUUUUUUCAGAAAAAAAAAAAGACUGCUGGCGUAAUUGCAGUGUAAGGGAAUGACAACAUAAAGCAUUCCACGAUAAGUCUCGCACGACACUGCAUAGUUCUGCUUUAAUUACAAAUUGCAUUGUUUUGUAUUUACACCUUUUUGGACGGGACAUUCAAGUGCACUUGUGAGAAAAAUUUUUUUUUGUGUGAUGCCUUGAGUAACGUUUCACCACAGAGAACUGAAUUCUUUCUCUGGUGCUAUGCUUUCCGGCCGCGAUCAGCGAUGCUGUCAAUUUUUCAUCUGAUACAGACAGGUGUGGAGGCAAGCUGACCACUUUAUGCAGCACUUUAGUGUGUAAUUUCAUGAGAAUUGAUAUCACGGAUAACAAGGUUGAGAGCAUCCGCUGACGCUGUUGGACACUUACAGGGGAACUGUUGCUUCAUUACUAUUCCUAUGAUGUCUGCUUCCCAAGUUGUUCCUUAGUGGGUCAAUAAAGCUUGCUCUUUUACCCCUUGUUUACUUUUCAGGCAAGAAAGUUGCACGUUUUUGUAACUAUAGGCAACAAUAAAGGUUUUCCCGAAUGCACAUCCACUUAUUGCAAGUACCUAAGUCGUAUAUGGACUGCUGAAGCUUUUAUGUAGUUUGGGCAGCAGCUUUUUAGGUUUCAAAAAGAUUAAUACUUUCAUUUUUUUAUGCUUAGUUAGACGACAUAUCCCGUUUUCAAUUUGCUCGGAAGCUUGGAAGGAUCUGGCUGUGGUGGUUAGCGAAAUGAGAGGUCACAAGGUUCCUGUUUCUGAGGGUAAUAUUAUUAUACAUCCUCCAAGCUUGAAACACAAUAUCCGCACACUUGCAAGCAUAUCAAGAAGUCCAAGAUAUGCCUAAAGUUCAAGCCUUUACUGAGUCACCAGCAUGGCCUUCACGACGAGGAAAGUUACACAGCGCUGGCCGCCGUGUAAGUUCUCGACAAUCCGAAUUUGUGUUUGCCUGUGCAGGACAAUGGAAAGAGAUAUCGAAGAUCGGUACACAUGGCACAACAUGCAUUUUAGUGUACGUAUUAACACAAACACAAGUAUCGUAUAUGCACCGAACUACAGCUUAGAGCGAUAAGAUGCCCCUUGUAAUGUGUUGUGUGCCACAUUACGCACUUGUCAGAUUGCUUAGUGUUAUUCAUUCAGCCAACUGUUGUAUAUAUUGAGCAGAGUUUAAUAUAAUAUGUGUCACGGACUAACUGUGAGAAUUCUACUGUGAAUGCUGAGUGCUUUAACAAAAAUGCGUCUUAAGUACUGCAUUGUACGAUGAAAUCCGGUGUAUGCUGAUGCAAUGUAAUUGCUUUUUCUGCCAUCUUUUCGUGUUUGACUCACUGUGAUGACUUUUUGGUAGUGUUUGUGGUUGCUUAUUCAUCAGUACUCACAGUUUUGUUUCUGUAGCCACUAAUGCUUUUAUUCACCGCCUUUCAACCUAUGCUUGCUCGUCACAGCAACAAUAAGCGACGUGCCACUUAUGCAGCAUUGUACAACAAAUAUGUGAUACUACACUGCACACGCUAACUGCUUACAGUCGUUACUACAUUCUUUAUCCUGUCUACUAAAUCCUUUGUCUCCACAGCAAUGCUUUUCGCUUUUACUGUGUUGUAUAGAAUGUGAGAUUGAGUUACCCCAGUUGGGAAAUACUCUUUAGAAAAAGACAGCUCUUAAGGGCUAGAUAUAAGGGACGAGAAACGAAAAGUAAAGACAUCCCGAGUGCUGAUAAUAUUCGCAUUUGUUGUUAGAGAGAUAACUACACAUAUUCAUUUGCUGCAGUUCAGUGAUUUGUUAUUACAACCAUAGGGGAUACGAAUCGCCAAGUGUUUGCUAAUUAGACUGAGUAUGGACGGUUUAAAGGAAUGUAGCAUAGCGUUUUAUUCUUUCUGCAUAUCUUAUCAGCAGGUGCUGUGUCAUGGAUGCUUUGUCAUGUGAACCACACGCUGCGGCAUCCUUUACGCAAGUAGAGAACGCUUUAAAUGUCUAAGCGAGAACGUCAAUCGUGCUUUGACUUGUGGCCUUGCUAUGCUUGUGAACUGUGCCUGACGCUUCUAUGUGCCAGAGGCUGACUGCGAUAUAUUUUUUUAGUUGUUCUUUUGCGUGUACGUGUCUGUGUUCCGUUUGUGUUACUAACAAUGUAUGUCGCACAUUUGGAGAGAUGUGACGCUAUCUCUUAAAUCGAAUAAAUUUCCACUCAUGGUUCG